GCUAUUUUCUAUAGGAUUUGUUAUGCUAAUGGUUUUAUUAUGGAGGGCGCAUUACCAUAAAGAAGAUUUUCUUUUGAAAAAGUGUAGAAAAGAUUUAGUUACAACCGGCGAUUUUGAAAAAGUAAAGCAAAAACUCGAAGAAAUGAACACGUGGCUUAACCGAGCUUUCAAAGAAACUUCUUUUAUCAACGUUAAUAAAGUUUUUGAGCCUGUUAAAAAACGAGACAUUUCCUCCCGAAAGCGAAUACUAAUUACUGGGGGUGCUGGGUUUGUAGGGAGUCAUUUAGUGGACGUUUUAAUGAAAGAUGGUCACGAGAUUUACGUGAUGGACAACUUUUAUACUGGACGCCGUUGCAACAUAGAGCACUGGAUUGGCCAUCCCAAUUUCGCGCUUCUCCAUCACGACGUUACGGAACCGUACUUACUGGAAGUUGAUCAAAUAUAUCAUUUAGCUUGUCCCGCAUCUCCCACCCAUUAUCAGUAUAAUCCAAUAAAAACCAUUAAAACAAACACACUGGGCACAAUGAACAUGCUCGGAUUGGCCAGACGCAUUAAAGCAACUAUGCUCCUCGCUUCAUCCUCAGAAGUGUAUGGAGAUCCCGUACAGCACCCUCAAAAAGAAACAUAUUGGGGUAAUGUUAACCCCAUUGGCCCGCGUGCUUGUUAUGAUGAAGGGAAGCGAAUAAGCGAAACUUUGUGCUACUCCUAUUACUCUCAAGAAAAUGUCAGUAUUCGAGUGGCUCGUAUAUUUAACUCUUUCGGUCCUCGCAUGCACCCGAAUGAUGGAAGGGUCGUGAGUAACUUUAUUGCCCAGGCAAUAAAAGGCGAACACUUAACUAUAUAUGGAGACGGCAAGCAAACGCGUUCUUUUCAAUACGUAAAGGACUUAGUAAGGGGAUUAAUUGCUCUUAUGAAUUCAAACUAUAGUCUUCCUGUAAAUUUGGGAAACCCUGAUGAGUACACCAUCGUGCAGCUUGCAAGCUAUAUUAUCGACAUUACACGCUCAAAUUCUUCUAUUCAAUUCCUCCCGAAAGUAAAGGACGAUCCACAGCGGCGCCGACCAGAUAUUACUGUUGCAAAAACAUAUUUAAACUGGAAACCAGAAUGGGAAGUAAAAAAGGGCCUGCAAGAAACUAUAAAUACUAAUUUUUAAAAAUGAACUAACGAGUGGAUAUAAGAAGAACAACGAAUGAAA